AUGAGGCAUAGUCUUAAUCACUCCAAGAUCAAGCCAUACCAGUCCAAAUACCAAGGCCAGUCACAAAGAGGUGGAGUAAAAUUUUUUGACAACCACAAAAACCUAAAUUCCCCAGAAUUUGCAAUGACAGUUGAUACUGCAACGUCAUCUUCUAUAACCCCAAAAGAAGCCUUUUUGAAAUCCCAAGAAAGACCUCAAAACAAGCUAAAUGAUGACACAUUCUCAUCCUUGAAAACUCAAGAAAAAGGCAUUUCAGCAUUCAACGAAGACUUAAAAAAAUUAAAAGAAAAGCUACGCAUGAAAGACAUAGAGCUUGAGCUGUUAAAAAAAGAAGAAAAGCGCUCCCAACUAAAACAAGAAAAUCUCCCUAAACUAGAAAGAUUUGCUGAAGCAGGCCAAAAAAACACUACUGAAGUUGAAAGAAAUUUUGAUAGUUUUCUGAAAAAAAGUCCUAAGAAGCUAAUUGAUUUAGAUAGGAGCUUUGAUGUUGUGCUGAACUCGAAGAAAGUGCCUGAUUUAGAUAAAAGCUUGGACGAGAAGAGGAUAAGGAUCAAUAGAAGUGUUACACCUGUAUCGACUAAUAUUUUAGGAGGACACAAUACUCCAACUAAAACCCAAAAUGACUUGUUGGCCUUGGCAUGGCAUCCGGUCUUUAGACAGCCGAAAUUUACAAAAAGCAACCCAAAAGUCCACGCUUCGAACCCUAUUACAGGGUAUACUCCUGAAAAUUACUAUAGGGAGUCCCCAACUGCCAGAAGAGGUAUGGCAGAGUAUGGAAAUAAUAUUGUGGGAAACGCUUCAACUCUACAGAUGAAAGGCCAAUUCGUGUAG